AUUUUAUAACUUGCCUUCUUAUCAUUGUGCGCGCUGAUAAUGCGCGUUCCUGUUGCUAGGAGCCGUCGCGCUGGGGCUGGUUGUGGGAGUGCAACCCUGAAAUUAAUCAGCCGCUCAAAGAAAUUCAAUCGCGCCUAGAAACUGCCGGCACCUGAAGCGCGCUGAACACACAAUGGAAGAUAAACAAUUUGAAGGAGCUCCAUUUGGAACUCAGAAAGCCAGGUUUGAUGUGUACGGUGUUCAUCCAGACAAUAAGUUGCAAGGCAGUUACACUGAAAUCCCAUAUGAUAAGAGGGCCACCAGCGAACCGGAAGCAAGGCUAGGGCCUGGAUAUUACGAUGUGGACACAGGGGAUUUCAGUGCUAGGAUUGUUGCCGAGAAAGCAUCAGGGCCGGGUUGGGCAAGGGAAAAGGAAAUGGAACGCUUUGCUCAAACACCACAGUUAUUCUAUAAAGAACAAAAGCAAAAACAGAAGUUCUUGGAAAUUAAUCGUGGUCCAGGUAAAUACGAGGUCCCACAUUUUCUUGACUUACUGGCAAAGAAGAAUAUUGGAAAGAGAGGUAUUUUUGGCACUAGAGAAGAACGAUUUAAAAAGCAACAAAGUAUUAUUAGCCCGGGCCCUGGUUCAUAUGGAAAAGGAGGGAUUCCAAUGGCUGUGCUGGAGGAGAAAGCAAAUAAAUCCGCUGGACUACGGGGAAUGAUGGAUUCAAACUGUACAAAGAGCCGAUCCCUUGAAGCAAUGGGCUGCGAAUUGUCACCAAACACCUAUAAAAUUGAAAGUGGAUUGGACAAACUUUUGCGGCGGGUGGUCAGUAAACGUGGCCCCUAUGAUCUCUUUACAGGCGAGAGAGGUGAACGGAUAAAAUCGGGCCACCGUGCAACGAACCCACUAAACCUCAGCCCUGGAAUGUAUAACAUCAGAUCAUUUACCGAUGGCCUUUGGAGUACUGAAAAGAAAAACCAGGGGAAAUUCAGGACGGCAAAACAGUACCCGUUUCCACCAGUGGAGAGAAUAUACUUCAGCACAGCAAACCUGUUUCGGCAACCAGCUGGUGACUACGGCUUUUAUGAUGUGAAGCAACUCUCCAGACCAGAAAAUCAGAAUCCGCCUCCCUUUUUGUCAUCCACAAGCCGGGCUGGUCAUAUGCCUGUGAAAAUGCUCACCUUUAACCCUAACAAUGUUGGUGUUGGUCGCUAUGAUCCCACUAAAUAUGAUCCAAAAUCCGGGGCUACUUAUAAAUCAUGUUUCCUGUCCAAAACGCAGCGAACACUGAACAACUUGGAAAGGAACAAACAUAUGGAGGAGCGGCUAAGGAGCACAAACUCGUCAAAUCCAGAUGAAAUGAACUGAAAUAAUCUUUUUGAAAAACCAUCUCUAAUAACCAGUUCUGUAAGAAUGAAAUAAAGGACUCAGAAUUUCAAGGCAAACGU